ACCAAGUUUUACUUUUAGGGUUCCAUCUGGGUUAUUGGGUCUCUGGCCACUUCUAGUGCUUUAGGGUUAUCCGCGCACAUUUAAUGGAGUAUUAGCUCUACUUUGGAUGCCUCAGAUAUGGCUCAUCCGGAGGCUACUUCCCUGGAAGAACCUGUGGUCAGGGCCCAGCGGUUCCAGUUCUCUGAGGAGUCAGGACCCAGAGGGAAAAGGGCGGUAUUGGAGGUCCAUAUUCCCCAGGUUCUACAUUUCCAAUAUGGUAUGUACAUCUGGCCCUGUGCAGUUGUCUUGGCUCAAUACAUUUGGCAUCACAGAAGGAAUCUCAUUGGCAAAACCAUAUUAGAGAUUGGAGCAGGGGUAAGUCUCCCUGGUAUAGUAGCUGCUAAAUGCGGUGCUGAAGUAAUAUUGUCUGACAGCUCUGAGCUGCCCCAUUGUAUAGAAAACUGUCGGCAAAGUUGCUCCAUGAAUGACUUGCCCAAGAUAAGUAUCAUCGGGCUCACCUGGGGUCAAAUCUCUCCAGAGCUGUUGGCUCUCCCUGCUUUGGAUAUCAUUCUGGCCUCUGAUGUAUUUUUUGACCCAGAAGACUUUGAAGAUAUUUUAACUACAGUGUACUACCUAAUACAAAGGAACCCUCAUGUUCAGUUGUGGACUACUUACCAAGUUCGAAGUGCCGAGUGUUCACUUGAAGCUUUGCUCUACAAGUGGGAGCUGCAAUGUAUCCAUAUUCCUCUGGAGUCUUUUGGUGCCGACAAAGAACAUCUAGCAGAAUCUGCCCUUCCAGGAAGACAUACUGUUGAAAUGAUGAUCAUUUCUUUGGCAAAGAAUGUCCUCUGAAGUGUUCCUAUGUCUCCAGCAAAUAAGUCCUAUAUGCUUCUUUUGAACAAUAUCACAAUUCUGUUUAGUGUGCUUGCUGCAUAGUAAAGCCACUAACAAGCCCACCCUUCUCAAUAGGAACCAGGAAUAAAAAUUUGCAGAGUAUUAAAAAAAGAAAAAAGAAAAAAAGAAAAAACACCCUAAUUUCCUAACCAUAUUUAUGUUUAUUCACUUGGCUCGGAUAAAAUAAAGCUUUAGUGUAAACCAAAGCAUGCAACUACCAUAAUAAAUUUUACUGAACUAUUAAA